AUGCCCGAUGAUAAAAAAGAUAUUUCCGGGUCUUCAACGGCUGGCGCGCAAUCGGCGGUACCACAUGCAAAUGGUUGUGGUAAGUUUCCAUCGGGAGAUCCUGAAGAUGAUGUCAUCGGUUGGAAAGACCGCGUGGAGCAAUACUUCGUGGCUGCAGGAACACCUCUAGACAAGCAAGUGGCUACAUUAAUCGCAAAUAUUCCCGGUGAUACCUACAAGACGCUGAAAAAGUUGGCAUUUCCUGUCUUGCCAAGCAAAAAAACUCUUACGGAGCUUUUGCAGCUACUUGAAUCUCACUACUUGAAGAAGAGCAACAUCCGCUCAGAGAGAUUCAAAUUUCAUCGCGCUCAGCAAGAGGCAAGAGAGAGUGUUAGUGAUUUUAUUCUCCGGCUGAGAGGCUUAGCUGAGACAUGCGAGUUCGGCAAAUUCAUACCAGGUGUCAUUAGUAACGCGGGUAAACUGCGAGAGUCUGCGCUAGAAGACAGCCUUUGCGAUCGAUUUGUGGCGGGCUUAAGGAGCGAAAAAAUCCAACAACAACUUCUUGCGUCCGAGAAAAACACUUUUCCUGAGUUGUGUGAGUUAGCACUCAAUUUGGAGAUGGCUUUUCAAGAAGAAAAGGCUAUCCAUGGUGACAAUUCCGUCAAGAAGGUGUCACAGAAAAAAAACUUCAAUCGUCGUGAAGGAAAAACAACUCAGAAGAAACAACAAAACACCCAACGCAGUCAGAGCAAGGCCCAAAGUCAAAAGGAGCUUUGUCGUCGGUGUGGCAGGAAACAACAUGAUCCUGAGGAUUGUCCAGCCAAAGAUUGGACGUGUUUUUCAUGCAACAAGAAGGGGCAUACUAGUCAAGUGUGCACACAAUCCAAAGAGUCUGGAAACUCUGAGAAGGUUAAGCGGAUUCUGGAGGUGACUGGAUCUGUGUCUCUUAUGGCAACUGUCUCGAUGUCUAUUGAGGGGCAGAAGAUUCCAAUGGAAAUCGACACCGGAGCACGACUAUUGUCAUACCAGGAUUUUAAAGCUAAGUUUUCUCAUUGUAAACUACUCGAAUAUUCUGUCAAACUAAAGUCUUUUACGUCCGAUUCCAUUCAGGUGAUUGGGAGAACGAUGGUGCGAGUGGACUUUCCGACUGAGCAGCGCAUGUUAGAACUAGUGAUUGUCCAGAUCAAAGCAAAUUUCGCACCCAUUCUAGGACGUGACUGGCUUGAUCAUCUGACACCAGGGUGGCGGGACAAAUUAGUAAGCGGACAAACCGUGAGUUUUGUUAAAAAUAUUUCCGCUGAAAUUACGCGUGAAUUUCCGCAUGUUACAUCCCUUGAUGCCAAUCAAAUGAUCACGGGAUACCGUGCCAGUGUUCAAGUAGAAAGUCGUGCACCCAUUUUCCACAGGGCAUAUCCUGUGCCAUUACGCCUGCAAGAUAAAGUCGAAGCAGAGCUUAAUCGUCUUGUUGAUGAUAAAGUCCUUGAAAAAGUUGAUUUUUCAAAUUGGGCAAGUCCCAUAGUCAUAGCUCCUAAGUCAAACGGAGAUAUUCGUAUCUGUAUCGAUGCGAAAGCCACUAUUAAUCCAUUCAUGAAAGUUCAACAACACCCACUUCCGCACAUUGAUGAAAUAUUCGCAUCUUUGGUUAAUUGUAAUUGCUUUACGGUGAUUGAUUUGUCCAACGCGUAUUUGCAAUUGGAAGUUGAGGAAGCCUCAAAGGAAUUUUUAACGAUUAACACCCAUCGGGGGCUUUUUCGUUACAAUCGUCUGCCGUUUGGGGUGGCUUCAGCUGUCGCGAUUUUUCAGUCAAUCAUUGAAAGGAUUCUUUGUGGUCUGGAGGGGGUAAAAGUAUUCUUAGAUGAUGUCAUUAUAGGUGGUCGUACCAUGAGUGAAUGCAAAGAUAGAGUUUGGGAAGUUUUGCGUCGAUUCAAUGAGCAUCGCGUUAAAAUUAACGUGAACAAGAGUAAGUUUUUCCAAAACUCUGUCGAAUAUUUGGGUCAUCUGUUGUCGGAAAACACGGUGAAACCAAAUCCCAAGAAAAUCGAAGCAAUCGUGAGUGCACCGAGGCCUAAAAAUGUUAAAGAGUUGCAAGCGUUCCUUGGAUUAAUUAAUUAUUACCGGAAUUUUAUUCCUGAUCUUAGUGGUAGAUUUAGUCCACUUUAUACCUUGUUGGAGAAGAAUAAGAAAAAAUUCGUCUGGACCGAAGAGUGUCAAAAAGUCUUUGACGACACAAAGAAGAUGCUAACGAGUGAGUCAGUGCUCGAAAUUUUUGAUCCUCAGAAAGAAGUGAUCAUUACCACGGAUGCAUCUCCGUACGGUGUUUCAGCAGUUCUAAGUCAUGUCGUGAAUAAUGUUGAAAAACCAGUCCUUUUCGCGAGUAGUAGUCUGUCACCCGCGGAAAAAAAUUAUUCGCAACUUCACAGGGAAGCUCUUGCGAUAAUUUUUGCUUGCAAAAAGUUUUUUAAGUAUAUAUACGGACAGUCUUUCACGUUGUAUACGGAUUCGCAAGCACUCAAAGAGAUUUUCUCACCAUCGAAGGGUACUCCUGCAGUCGCAGCAGCGAGACUUCAGAGAUGGGCAGUCCAAUUGUCGAUUUAUUCGUACAAAAUUGUUCACAACAGUGCGAAGAAAUUGGCUAAUGCUGAUGCUUUAUCACGUCUCCCACUACUGUCUCAGUCAACCGAAGUCGAGGAAUUCCAAAUUAAUUCGAUUGCAAUGUCAGAGUCUAUUAAAGUCAAAUUUGAAAAAGGGGCAAGUGUGACUAUGGUGUGCAGGCAUAUGGGACGGCAUCAAAAACAAAUCUUCGUAAAAUUGAAGGCAUUUAAAUCUUCACCCAUUAUCAGCAUACUGGCCGAAGCCAAUGUUCCAUCACUUCAAGAACGCAGAGAACUCCUAAUCAUAAGAUGGGCUAAUAAAGUCAGGGCUGACCCUAGACACUUCCUCCAUCAGGAACUUUUGGAUGAGGCAAGCAGAAGAAGUGCCAGGAGGCAAAUUACUUCAACUCUCAGGCUUAGCCUUGCACAUAGCCAAGAGUAUGAUGUACCACAAUUCACCCUUCACGAAAGAUUCGUCUCUCCUAGGCCUCCAUGGCUCUUCCCACACAAUAAGGUAGAUAUCUCUCUUAGCAACAACAAGAAAAAAGACACUCACCCACUAGUGUUUAAGGGAAUAGUUCUUGAAAAGCUUCUAUCUCUGCUGACUCAAGUCACCAUCUUUACAGAUGGUACCAAGCAGACAGAGGGAUCGGGAUACGGUGUGUACAUGGCUAGCCCAGAAUGUAGAUUGUCCUAUAAACUUAACGAGAAUUCUUCGGUUUUUUCAUCGGAGGCAGUAGCAAUACUGCACGGAUUAUCUCUUGAAAAAGCAGGCUCCUCUAGCAAAACUAUUGCCACGGAUAGCCUUUCAGUAUGCAAAGCCCUUUUUUAA